UUGUGUGACUGGUGUCGGCGUGAUGGCGUGGUGGUGUUUGCUUUGCGUGCUGUGUCAAGGUUGCAGUGAUCCAACGUGGCAUACGGAAACAUUGCGUCAAGUGUCUAAUGGCGCUGACAGUGCCCGCGCAGACUGCGCUGGGGAAUGCCGGCAAGCGGGUGCCGAGAGGCCUAGGAUUUGUCACCUUCUGAUGUGCUCUCUACUGACGCCAAAAAUGUCCUGCAGAGGCCUGCGCAGUGGUUGCAUUGUGAUUCUGAACAUCGUCUCAUUUGACAAUUUCACAAGUGCUGACACAGGUGCUGCGCUGUACUGACAUGCGCAGAACUCAACAAUGGCGAGAUCAUUCGUCAGGUUUCUGCUGCUUUGUCGGACGAUGACUCCGAGUCAGAAGAUGAUGCACCAUGUGCUACGCUGCCAUCGCAUACGGACGUGUACAAGCAGUGACUGUGCUUUCAGCCGCCUAUAGUGACCGUACAACCCUCUCCGAGAUUUAGACUUAUCUGAUUGCGUGUAAACGGAACAGCCUGCAACGGCGCAUUCACGAUUUCUUCAAGCCUACUGCUGAACCCGAAUAAGUGUGUGGAAAUAAAGGAUUUCUUCUUUUUUUUUUAGUCUGCUUUUUCGGACACCUGUUUAUUCGGACAUUUCUGCAGUCCCCGUGAGGUCCAAAUACACGGUCUGUGACUGUAUACCACACUCUUGCAUGUGGAACUUGGUUUUUAAAACUUCUCACUUUUUGUUGUUUUUGCAGGCUUCACGUGUCGCAAAUUUCCUGGUACCAACAUGCAUUAUGUAAAGAACACCCUGGCCUUGCUUCUCGCGUGAGAUCUAAAGCCUCCAAAGAGCCCAAGUUGGACACCUCAUGCCAAAACACAAGUGCUGUGCUUUUGUAACUCUCGACAUAUUUAUGUUCAUUUAUGUUUGUUGCAUUAGUCUCCUGAAGAGCCCAAUUCGAAUUUCCCAAACGAGCAUACAGAUGUUGUGCCUUUGUAAGCCUUGACAUUGUUAUCUCAAUUUUAUGCUAUGUUGGUCUCCUGAAAAACCCCCGCUGGGUGGCUCAAACCAGCAUAAAUGUGUUCUACUUUAUGAUACUUUACUACAUUCUGAUGUCAAUUUUUUAUAUAGUUUCCUUACUAUUUCAUUUUAAGUAUCUUUAGUCAUUUCAUGUCAAACCACCCAGUUUUGUUGUGAGCUGUUCCAUUAUGGCACACCAUUUCAAGUUUGCUUGAUAUGCCAAAGUAGGUACAAUGAGAAAUUUUUAGAAAAAUUUGAUUUCUUACGUACACCUGGGUUAUUCCACAUUAAAUCAACCAGCUUUUUUUUUUUUACCAUCACAAAUAUAGUUCGUAAGCAACUUAUACGAAAAAGAAAACUAAGAACCGGAAACUAUCUCUUGACAAGACCACCUCGUCGCUGCAGUACACAAGCCCCCAAGCUGCGCCCCUCACACCCCAUGCAGCCAGAGCACCCGUUUCAAGACUCCCUAAAUGGCAGGGUUGGUGAACCGCCUGCCCUCGACAGCAGUACUACACAUCCUCCCAGCACAGUCUAAACACAAUAGAGAGUUUUAGAACUGGCGGCUCAAGCGGCUUGGAGACCCAAGAAAAUUGCGGGCCGCCAGUGCGCAUGCGCAGAACCCAAGCCAGUCUUGGGUUCUUGCGUUCGCGUUAACCCAAGACCCAAAAAUCGAAAACUAGCGUGGGCCCCCAAGCCGUCUUGGGCCACCCUCGCAGGUGACGAGAUAUAGCGAGAUAGCCAGGAGAGCCGAACGAGCCGCAGCCACUUAAAGCCGUUGUCUCUCAGGCGCCAAGCAUGACUGCUCUGAGAACUUUGCAUCCGUGCUCGCAGUUUACUGCAGACGAUGAUCUCUGCAUAUUGCGAGAAGUACUCGGAACGAAUCCCUUUCAAGACGUCAGGCUGUGGCCACAGGUUGCGAAAAAUGUUGUAGAGGCAACAAGCAAGACGUUUUCGCUGCGAUCAAUACGCAACCACUGCGAGUUGCUUAUGGCACAGUUUUUGCACAAGGAUACUGCAAAUCUGAAAAAGUCGGGAACCGAGGAACAGUAUGCUGAAAAAGAGCAGCUUCUCACAGAAAUUUUAGCUCUUGCAAAGGAAUUUGGGUAUGUCAUCAGAGGAGUCACCUUGAGAAAUGUAGUUGCUCAAAUGCAGCCCGACAUAAAACCAGCGACUCCAACUGACCGCAGAGCUGCAAAUUUUGAGCGAUUGGUUGCAGCUCAAACAUGGGAUACAGCAGCAGCAGCAGCAGCAGCUCAUUAUGCUCAACGAAAGCUGCGGUUUGAACAGUCAACUAGAGAGAGAGAUGUUGCACUAGAAGAGCGGCACCUGGAGCUUGAAGAAAAGAAACUGUUACACGAGCAGGUGAAACUACAGCAACAUAUUGCUGAAUGGAAAGCCCAAGUGGAAGAUCGCGCUGAAGAAAGGAGGCUUCAAAGAGAAGAACGUACUGCAGUACACAGGGAACACAAAGCAGAGAGAAAUAUGUUUAUGGCACAACAAAACGCUCUGCUUGAUGUUUUGAAGGUAGUUUUGGCUAAUAAAGGAAAUUAAAUGUUUUGGUUAUUCACACAAAAGAUGUGUAUUUGUGAACAUUGUACAUUUGGAAAGCUUCCUGCUCCAGCAACUUAAUCGCAUUUUGGUUACACUACAGCUUCAAACUGUGUAGUCUACAUGAGCCAAAGUUCAUUUAUUGCUUCAAUAGGACAAAUAAAUAAUAUUCAUACUAGCUUUUCUCUCUCACCUGUUACGUAACACAAGGUAUUCUUUCAGAGAAGGAGGACGAAGGUGAAAGAACAUUGCCACUUAGUUGCCAUAAAGGCAAGUGUGGCAGUUGGUUAUCCUGCGACGGCUACAGUCGCUAACCUAAUUGCAAUAAUGUAAGUUUUUUAACCUUAAUGCAACAGCAUGUACGUACCUGGGAAAACAGAGCGAUGUUGGCGAGGUUCAGCCAACGAUGAUUUGUCAAGGACAGGAGGUGAUCGAAGGUCGUCUCAAUGUGGCCGAAGAUGGAGGCAACUAUGCUGGACAUCACAGAGGUAUGUCAUCCGAAAACGCCUUCUAAAUCACACCACCUAUUAGGAUAUGCGAGUUGCCGGAGGGCAAUCAGGAGAGCUUCUUUACCGGAUACUUGUACUCCCUGAAAGCUGUCAUUCGUAUCGGGAAUUAAGAGAGCAGAUGACAAUUCAUCCAUAUUUG